AUGAGUUUAAAACCCUUCACCUACCCAUUUCCAGAGACAAGAUUUCUUCAUUCAGGAUCCAGUGUAUAUAAAUUCAAAAUCAGAUAUGGUGACAGCAUCAGAGGGGAAGAUGUAGAAAAUAAGGAAGUCAUCGUCCAGGAGCUGGAGGUCCCUGCUGAGAGGAAGGCAGCAAGAGUCAUGAAGAAGAAACGAAAGCGCAUGGAAUUGUCUGUCUCUCCCAGCAGACCAGGGCUGGACAGGGCCACGAUGAGGACUUCCAGCCAAGGUCCCAGCAGAAAGAAGUUCCUCAUGGAAACCAGCAGGAACAUGGAAAGAAACACCCAGCAGAAAUGUCAGGAGACUCCAGCAUUUGAUGGCACUGAUGUCCAGGAACAGGGUUCUAGGUGGGAGGACAGCCUAGCGGGGGAGAUUACCCCACCAUUGCAGCAAAGCAAUCCGCCUCCACCUGCAGGACCCACAGGCCUGGGGACCAGUGGCUUCUUUGGGUUUUUGAGCUCUCUCUUCCCGUUCCGGUAUUUCUUCAGAAAGAGCAGCCACUGGGGUGGGGAGAAGAGAAGAGGUGGGCUGCUGCGAAAGGGCCUGGGACCUGAAGGGGAAGCCAGCGGGUGUCGGGACUGGAGGACUAGGGACAAGUUGCAUUUACAGCCUUUGCCCUAUCGUCCCAAGCUCAGCCUGCUUCACAAAGCUGCCGAGAGGCACAAUCCGGAAUCUGGAGACCUGAGUGCGUCCGACUGA